UUUAUUUUAUUCAAAAUAGUAAAAUUAUGGAUGUGUUUUUAAAUGAAGAACUCUCAUCUGAAGCGAAAAAAGAUAUGCGACACGCAUAUUUGCGCGAGUGUGGUAUAACAUCUAAAAUGAACGAAAUAUUGCACAAACUAUUACAAGCGAACGUGAAGCCAGAAAAUCCUUUGGAUUUCAUACGGGAGGAAUUGGGUGAUAAACCUAUACCGGCUGAAGUUAUUGGAAAUAUGGAGCACGAGUUGGACGAUGCGCAACGUGAGAUUCGACGCUUGCGUGGUAUACUGAAAGAGCUGGGCAUUCAUAACGUGGAUGAAGAAUUUCAUGACGCGGAGGCUGGGCCAGAUGAGUUUGAAAAUGUAGCGAAUGAGUUCAACAAUUCGAUGAAUAUUGCGACUUCAAAUGAUGGGCAAGGGGAUGGACAACAUCAUCAACAACUUAGCUAA